UCCGGCUGCUGCGUGCCAGACCGCGCCGGGCGCCGGGCUCUCUCGCCACCAUGCUGGCCUCCGCGCAGGGAAGGUCCGCCCCGUUCCACUCCUCGGCCGCCGCCGCCGACGACGCCGCGCCAGCUGUCGCUCACCCGAAGCCUUGCUGCAGCCACGGCAAGGACCGCGAGAGCACGAAAAUGGCGGUCCCCCCUGCUUAUGCUGACCUAGGAAAAUCUGCUCGGGACAUUUUCACCAAGGGAUAUGGAUUUGGCUUGGUAAAGUUGGAUUUGAAAACUAAAUCUGAAAAUGGACUGGAAUUUACAAGCUCAGGAUCAGCAAAUACAGAAACAAGCAAAGUUACUGGAAGUUUGGAAACUAAGUACAGGUGGACAGAAUAUGGUUUGACAUUCACAGAGAAGUGGAACACUGACAACACGUUAGGCACAGAGAUCACUUUAGAAGAUCAGCUUGCACAAGGACUGAAGCUGACCUUUGACUCUUCAUUUUCUCCUAACACUGGAAAGAAGAAUGCUAAAAUUAAAUCUGGAUACAAGCGGGAACAUAUCAACUUGGGUUGUGACAUGGAUUUUGAUAUUGCGGGUCCUUCAAUACGUGGUGCCUUUGUCUUUGGCUAUGAAGGUUGGCUGGCUGGCUACCAGAUGACAUUUGAGACAGCUAAGUCCAGAAUAACUCAGAGCAACUUUGCUGUUGGUUAUAAGACUGAUGAAUUCCAGCUUCACACUAAUGUGAAUGAUGGGACAGAAUUUGGAGGUUCCAUUUAUCAGAAGGUGAAUGAUAAAUUGGAAACUGCUGUCAAUCUUGCUUGGACAGCCGGAAAUAGCAACACUCGCUUUGGAAUAGCAGCCAAAUAUCAGAUUGACCCAGAUGCUUCUUUCUCUGCUAAAGUGAAUAAUUCCAGCUUGAUUGGUUUAGGAUAUACUCAGACUCUGAAGCCAGGUAUCAAAUUGACACUGUCAGCUUUGCUGGAUGGGAAGAAUGUCAAUGCAGGCGGCCAUAAACUAGGUCUAGGACUGGAAUUUGAAGCAUAAACAAAGGGAUUGUACCAUCACUAAUUCUGAAAUACUAUACAGCAUAGCUACCUUCCGAAUUUAGUGUACUUUUCAAUGUUUUAUGUCUGGGAUGCAAUUAUUGCCGUGUGUCAGUCAUGUUGAACCAGGUGAACGAAGGCUAAGCUUCAAAGUAUGCUUUUCAGAGAGGGAUGAGAGUACCUUCUCCACCUCCAGACCUUCGGGGAAUGUUGCUUAUUUGAAGCUCCAUACUUACCAACUGUUAGAUGAAGGUCUGAUUCUGUCUUUUACCUUUUCCUAAGGUAAUGGCUGCUGUAAAGGAAGACAUAUUUAAAAUUCAUGCUUUGAGAAUGUCAAUCUAUCAUAGUGCCCAGGAAAGCCAAUUUCCUGUUCCUGGACAAAUCAGGCUUUCAUUCUAUGAUGAAGUACUUCAACUUGUCUGGUAAGGGGAUGCUUAGGCAGAUGCAUCACCCACAUAUAAGUCUUAAUUAGUUCUCCCUCCUACACCUACAGCUCUCUUUUUACACCAACAGCUAGUCCUUGGAGUGCUUUAGAGUGUUCACUUCGUAUAACUUUGGCGUGUAGAAAGUUUGACGUGACUCAGCCAAUACUACUUAAAAUUCACAUCCUGUGUUGUGAUUCCUUUCCCUUGCACUAAUUAUGGAAAAGCUUGUACAACAGAGCCAUAAGCAGGGAAAAGUCUUUGUAAUCGUAAUCACCUAGUGGCAUUGCAUUAAACAAAAUGAACUUUGUUUUACCACUUUUUUUUAGCAGUUUUAAUGGGUACAUCUUCAGUCUUCCAUUCUUCUGUGUGGAACUAGACCCCAAAAUGCUGUACUGGACACCACUUAAAAUGAACAAUUCCCCAACUUGAAUAAAACAUUGAAACUCCA